AUGCUGCUCAGGACUCUACUCUUGGUCUCCACUUCGAUUUACUCUGCUUACAGUUGUCCUCCAACACCCACUGCCAGAGCCCGGGCUACAAUUUUCCGAGCCCGCAUGGGCGCUUAUCCCAACGAAUCAAUAGGUAUUAUUGACAUCACCCAAUCAGGAAAUCAAGUUCGCUUUCGAGGGACUGUGUUUACUCUGACGCCGGGGUACCAUGGAAUGCAUGUGCACGCAAUAGGCGACCUGGGUAAUGGAUGCUUGGCUGCUGGUCCUCACUUCAAUCCUUUCGGAGCGCCACACGGAGGUCUGAAGGGCAGACGAAACGACAGACAUGUGGGAGAUCUGGGCAAUAUUUUCGCUAAUGUGAGUUUGGCAGUUGUAACUUAUUAUGUAUCUCAUGAUGUAGGAAAAAUUAGCAAUCUGAUUUCUAGAGGAUUUUUCCACUUAUUUGUUUUAUCAAUUCAAUUUCAGCGAAACGGAGAAGCCAUGUUUGACCUCAGAACAACUGGAGCAUCGAUAACCAGAGGACCAAGAGACAUAAUCGGGAGAACCAUUGUUAUUCACUCGAUGCAGGAUGAUUUGGGCAAAGAAAAUAGGGGUGAAAGCGCCACCACAGGCAACUCCGGAAUGCGCGUCGCUUGCGGGCUCAUUCUCCCUCGAUGA